AUGUUAGCGCUCCCAACUGCGCUCGCCAUCGCCGCCCUCGCCGCGCCGGCCGCGGCGGACAUGGCGUCCGGCUACAACGUCCACAACCCCCACCGCCGCCUUGUGCAGCGUGCCGUCACCACCGACGCCGCCAGCGUCGCCAAGCAGACCUUUGACUUUGUCGUCAUUGGUGGUGGUAUCGGUGGUCUUGUGGCUGGUGCCCGUCUGGCCGAGUGGUCCAAUCAAACUGUUCUCAUCCUCGAGGCAGGUGGCGAUGGGUCUGAUGUCGUCCAGGCUCAGACCAUCCCUGGCUACACUUACCACCAUGGUGUUGCUUUCGGCUCGCCAUACGGCUGGAACUACACAACCAACGUUCAAGCCGAGGCCGGUAAUGCUGUCAAGGCCUACCCCCUCGGCCGCGGUCUCGGCGGUUCCGGUGCCGUCAACGGCAUGUUCUGGGGUAAGGCCAGUGCCGUCGAGUACAACUCGUGGUCUGAGACCCUCUUCCCUGACGGCAAGUACAAGUGGAACUGGGACAACAUGGACGCCGCUAUCAAGAAGGCUACCACUCUCCAGCAACCCGCCCAGGAGCAGAAGGACCAGUUCCAGAUCCCCGUCGACCCCUCCGCGCACGGCUCUAGCGGCCCCCUCCAGAUCGGCUGGUCCAAGUACAUGUACCCCAUCCUUGCCAACUGGAUCCCCACUUGGCGCACCCUCGGUCUCCCCAUCAGCGACCACUCGGCGGGUGACCCCCACGGUGGUACCAUUGUUCCCUCGACGAUGGACGCUGCCCAGGGUGCGCGCUCGGACUCGCGCACUGGCUACAUUGACAACAACAACUCGCCCAACCUCGUCGUUCUGACGGGUCACCAGGGCACCAAGAUUAUCUUCUCGGACAAGAAGGACAAGAACGGUAACCUCGUUGCUACCGGUGUCCAGUUCGCUGCUGCCGACGGCGCCACCACCUACUCCGUCACCGCCAACAAGGAGGUGAUCGUUUCCGGCGGCACUAUCCACUCGCCCAAGCUUCUCCAGCUCUCGGGUAUCGGCCCCAAGGCUCACCUCGAGUCGCAGGGCGUCACUUCUCUUCUCGACCUCCCCGUCGGCUUCAACCUCCAGGACCACGUCUCCACCUCGGUGGUCUUCAACACUGUUGAGGGCGUCGAGACCUGGGGAGAGCUUUCUACCAACCCCGAGCUCGCUGCCGCUGAGCUUGCCAAGUGGAACGCAGACCGUUCCGGCAAGUGGACCUAUGUCAACGAGGCUACCGGCUACGUCUCGAUGGCCGACAUUGCUGGCGAUGCCGCCAACUCUAUUACCGACUCGAUUGAUGAGGCUAGCCUCAUUGCCCAGCUCUCGGGCCGCCACAACAUUCCCACCUCGGUUCAGAAGGGUAUGGCUACCCAGUUCGCCCUCCAGAAGAAGUGGAUGAAGACCAACAUUGGCCAGAUCGAAAUCAUUCUCCACAUGUGGGGCCCGACCCCCAACUCGCUCGUCCUUCAGUGCGCUCUUCAGCACCCCUUCUCUCGCGGUACCGUCAUGAUCAACGGUACCAACCCCUUCAACAUGCCCGUCAUCAACCCCGACUACUUCUCUGCCUCGGCUGACGCCACGAUGAUGGAGCACGCCCACGGUUUCCUCCGCACCUUUGCCACCACCAAGCCCAUGGGCGAUGUCGUCACCAUUGAGAUCAGCCCCGGUGCCAACUUCACUGGCGCUGCUCUUCAGGAGUACUUCCGCACCGGCUCCGGUACCGAGUACCACCCGCUCGGCACAUGUGCCAUGCUUCCCCAGGCCGACGGUGGUGUCGUUGACACCAACCUCAAGAUCUACGGUACUGCCAACGUCCGUGUUGUCGACUCGUCGGUUAUCCCCAUGCACAUCUCGUCGCACACCAUGGGCACCACUUAUGGUGUUGCCGAGUUUGGUGCCGACAUUAUCAAGGCCGAGAACACCAAGGACUUCCUCAACCCCUCGUCGUCGAGCUCGGGCACGACCAAGCCCACCGGCGCCACCACUGACUCGUCCAAGCCCACUGGCGCGGCUCCCGCCUCGACCGGCGAGUCGGCCGGCAUGUCGACGGGCGCCAAGAUCGGCGUCGGUGUCGGUGUCGGUAUCGGCGGUGCCGCCCUCCUCGGUGCUAUUCUCUUCUUCAUGUGCCACCGCAAGAAGGACAAGGGUGGUCCCGCUGCCACCGACAAGACGUGGUACGAGAACGGCCAGCAGAACAACCAGUGGUCCAACGACCGUGGCGAGGCGUACCCCAUGCACGCGGCAGGUGGCAACAGCUUCCACCAGCGUUCACUUAGCCACUCUGGUAGUGUCAGCACUAUGGCUACCGCAGACUUGCCCGCCGCAAGGCGGUACGACGAAGGCGGCCGUUACUCGAACGAUUCGCGGGGCGUCCUCUAA